GCUGUCCAUAAAGCACAAGCACUGCACAGAAAAACCCAAGCGGGUCUUGCCUCGUCUUUCUUUCUAUCAAUUUUCACGGUCCUAGGGGUUUACCGAGGGUUUCUUAUCCACUGUGUUGCCUUUGUAUCCAUGGCCAAGCCAACGCGAGGCGGUCCGUUGCGGCCUUCAGGGUCGGGCUCGUCCUCCCGGUCCCGCUCCAGGUCACGCUCUUACUCCGGUUCAGAUUCUCGGUCCAGCUCCCGCUCCCGGUCUUUAUCCUCUGGUUCUCGUUCUCGAUCUCGCUCUAGAUCGUUCACUUCAUCCUCCUCUCCUUCUCGCAGCCUUAGCUCUGGUAGCCGCAGUCCUCCUGCUCAGAAAAAGAGUCCUGCUGAAGUGCUUAGACGAGGUCGUUCUCCACCGCCGCAAUCUAGAAAAACUUCUCCUCCUCCAAGGAAGACCUCUCCCAUUCGUGAGUCUCGUGUUCUCCAUAUUGACACCCUCAGUAGGAAUGUGCAUGAGGGCCAUUUAAAAGAAAUAUUUAGUAACUUUGGUGAAGUUGUACAUGUGGAGUUAGCAAUGGACCGUACCGUUAAUCUUCCAAAAGGAUAUGGAUAUGUUGAAUUUAAGACAAGGGCUGAUGCUGAGAAGGCCCUACUAUACAUGGAUGGGGCCCAGAUUGAUGGCAAUGUUGUUCGAGCAAGGUUCACAUUACCGCCACGACAGAAAGUUUCACCACCCCCAAAACCUAUUGCUGCUGCUCCGAAGCGAGAUGCUCCCAAAACUGAUAGUGCCAGCGUAGAUGUUGAGAAGGAUGGACCGAAAAGGCAAAGAGAAUCUUCUUCUCAUCGGAAACCUCUAACCUCACCUCGAAGAAGAUCCCCCCUUGCUCGAAGAGGUGGAUCCCCAAGACGUCUUCCAGAUUCUCCUCCACGUCGACGUGCAGAUUCUCCUCUUCGUCGGCGAAUAGGGUCUCCUUAUCGUCAUGGGGAUACACCACCAAGAAGGAGACCAGCAUCCCCAGCUAGAGGUCGUUCUCCAUCUCCACCAAGGCGUUAUAGAUCCCCUGCAAGGGGUUCUCCUAGAAGGAUUCGUGGUAGUCCUGUCCGCAGACGUUCUCCUCCUCCUCCAAGGAGACGCACACCUCCUAGGCGAGCCCGUAGUCCCCCAAGAAGGUCCCCACUUCGUCGACGUAGCCGCUCUCCAAUUCGUAGGCCUGCUCGCUCGCGUUCAAGAUCACUUUCGCCAAGGAGAGGCCGAGCUCCUGCUGCAAGACGUGGGAGGUCAUCAUCCUACUCUGGGUCACCUAGUCCACGCAGGGUCACCCGCAGGAUAUCAAGGAGCCGCAGUCCUAGAAGGCCUUUGAAGGGAAGAAGCACCAGCAACAGCAGCAGCAGCAGCUCACCACCUCGGAAGCCGUAGUGGACAAACUAUAUUAAUCAUUGCAAGUUGGAUUGUUUGCUUGUAUACAUCUGAGGAGAUAGAUAGACAGAUGAACUUGAAAAGCAUAAGAAGACGGAAAAUCUUGUUUAAAGUAUGGGCAUUAUAUUAUACCAAAUAAAUAGUUAAUAGUCAAGCACGGACGAGUCUAUAUAUCUCCAUGGUACAUAGCAAUCGGAGUGUAAAAUACUCGAGGAACGUGACAUUGAUUUGGUGUGAUGUAAUAUUCCUUGGUGUAGGCAAGGGAAGUACACUCAUUCAUCUUGACGACUACCAGAAGGCAAGAACCAGCUGCCUUGAUUUCCAUUUGAUUGCAGAAUGCUUUUAGAAUGAGUUGUGUCUUGCGACUCCUGGAGUAAAAAGAAUUCGUGUUUUGGAGAAUAAAAAUUAUUAUUUUGUCUGUGUUUUAUCAAAAUUAACUAUUUAAUCUUUUUAUUUAAAAGAAAUCUACAAUUUAGUCGUCUUAGUUUUUUAGUACGUAAACUGUUAGUCAAUUCUGUUAUUUUGAAGAUUUUUUUUUUUUGUAUUAUUGUAAAUUAAAUAAGAAAGCAAUUUCAUAAUUUUAAAUUUAUUAA